CGGCGGCCCGGCAGCGCUGGCGCCUGGACGGGCGCGCGCUGCGCAAGCUGCCCCUGCACAUGGGGCUCGUGGUGACCGAGGAGGAGCCGAGCUACGCGGACAUGGCGAGCCUCGUGGUGUGGUGCAUGGCCGUGGGCAUCUCCUAUGUCAGCGUCUACGACCACAACGGUAUUUUCAAGAGGAACAACUCCAGAUUAAUGGAUGAAAUUUUAAAACAGCAACAAGAACUCUUGGGACUAGAUUGCUCCAAAUACACAGUGGAAUUCGCAAAUCAAGACCAAGCUGAUCAAGUUUUAAAUUGCCAAUCUACAUUGAAGGUGCUGUCUCCAGAAGACGGGAAAGCAGACAUAAUAAAAGCUGCUCAGAACUUCUGUCAGUUGGUAGCACAGCAGCAACGAACACACACAGACCUGGAUGUGAAUGUCUUAGACAACUUAUUAAGUAGUACAAAUGGAUUUCCUGAUCCUGAUUUAGUCUUGAAGUUUGGUCCUGUGGACAGCAUGUUAGGAUUCCUUCCGUGGCACAUCAGACUGACAGAGAUCAUUUCUCUGCCUUCCCACGUGAACAUCAGCUAUGAAGACUUUUUCUCUGCUCUCCGUCACUAUGCAGCCUGUGAGCAACGCUGGGGAAAGUGACUUUUGGCUGAGCACGCAAAGUCAGGCUUCCCAUGGAAAGGAAUUGAUGUCUGUGUUUACAAGCACCUGUGACCCAUAAGUCUGGUUCAUAGUCCUUUCUUAAUUUAUCAACAAAUUCAAUAAAGUGUCUUACCUUUCUAGAGUGUCUGUGUGAGCGUGUGAGAAUCUGUUUAUGGGGAGGGGGACAUUCACAGGUUUGCUCUGUGAAAAAGGACAGCUAUUGCAAACCAAACUGAUCAAGGCUUAAUUACCCCACUUUGCUGUCCUGGUCACCAAAAAAAAACAUGUAAGAGCUCAGUUGUGUGAGAUGUCCAGGACAGUGUAAAUAGGUUUCCACGUCCUCAAGGUACUUCUGAAAUUCAAACUAGAUCUCUUAAUGAGAAAUAGGAGCUGUGAGGAACACAAUUCUUCACCGUCAACCAUUUCAGAGCUAAUGGUCAAAUUCAUCUGCAGAUGCAUUGACUAAUAUAUGCUCAGUAUCUUUUCUAGUAUCCAUGAGACUGGAGACUGUUUCUUGUCUAUCAAGAUUAAAUCAGGAGUGUAGAUAUGAAGUUCCAGAAGUACUAGAGACCCAAUUAAAAAAAAAAAAAGGUUUAGAAGCCCAGUGGGGAAUGGGUUAACCUUUUUGUCUAGAAAUGCCCUGUUUUUGAGUCUAAAAAAUAGUUAUUCCUAUAGCUUUAAGUGAAACUUUCCCUCAUACCGGUGAGAUCACUUUUCUAUAGAGAAUAAGCCUAAACAGUUCUAUAUAUUGGCUAUAUAUCUCCUUCUGCAUAAAAUUCUAACCUGAUGUGACAUGCUGCUUAAGAUUUUUACAUUACUUGCUGGGAAAAAAAAAAAAACCUAGCUAUGCUUCUAUAGCAAACGUGACUGACUUGCACUGCCUGUGUACCCAGCAGGGGAGUCCACCCAAGCUUUUUGUUAGAGCUGUUUUUGAACUGUGCAUUCAAAGGUUGGUUUGAAGUCUGCAAUAGACAGGAGGGAUGAUGGAGUGAAUUGCACUGCAGUACCUUGGAACCAACAUAACAAUGAAUGGGUUAUGUUGGCUAAGUAGUCUUUAUAGGAGAAUAUCCUAGUCUAAUUCAACUCUUAACAUUGAGCAUAAUUUGAAAUUGGAAGUCUUUGUAGCAUUUGGAUGGAGCAGUAUCUUUAGAGCAGUAUUCCUGGAGGCAAACACUAAUAUUUGGGCCUUCUGCCCUGGGGGCUGUAGUGCCCUUGGACACUUUAUUCAAGAGCUUUCACUUUUUCC